AUGAGCGCAAAGCCGGAGGCCGUUGUAGAGGUGAAGCCGCUCUUCACAUUUACCAACGUAAUUCUCAUUGCUGUCUUACUCUACUUCCUCUAUGCUCGUUUCAAGGGCAAGUCUGGUCUACCAAGUCUUCAAAAGCCAAUAGAGCCGCUUCCGCGACAAGACUACACGCCGCAGGAGCUCACUCGCUACAAUGGAGUCGGUGACCCGCAUAUCUUGAUAGCGAUCAAGGGAAAAGUCUAUGAUGUGACGACUGGCUACAUGUUUUACGGACCUAAGGGUCCUUACAAGAACUUUGGAGGGCACGACGCAAGCAGAGCCCUUGCUUGUGGUUCCUUCGAGCCAGAGAUGUUUGUCAGCAUUGAUGGUCCCAUCGAUAAGCUUGAGGACCUUGAUGAUGAGCAGAAGCAAUCCCUUGAAGACUGGGUGAGCCACUUUGAUAUGAAGUACAUUGAUGCCGGUAGACUACUGGAAAACGGCAGCAAGAAGUCGGAUUAG